AUGGUCAUGCGUUAUCGCCUUGUCGCCGAUGCCGCGGCUCGCUUUGCCGACAGCGGCCGGGUCUUCCACGGCGGUGCCGUUGAGCUGGUGCACCUCUCCAUGCGCGAGGCCUCGCUCCCGACAUAUCCCACGGCCACGGAUAUCCUGCACGCGUACAACACCCUGCCUGAUGCGUCGCAUUUGCGCGCCGGCGACUUUGUCGGCUGGCUGCCGGGCACGCGCGACGCAUCCAGUACCGAUGACUCGGAGAUCCCCCUGUCCAUCGAUGUCCCGGAGCAUGGCGGUCGUGAUGGGCAUGUUGCCAUCUACGUCGGCCGGUCUGAGGACGAAGUUUUCGUCGACUGCCCGUACCCCGGGGCGCCAGCCCGCUGGGUCAAGUCCUACGCCACUCCUGUGCGGAUUGUCCGCCCGCACCAGCUGAACUUUGACCUGUAA